CUUGCUUUCAUUCACUCAUCAUCUUCUAACCCUUCUUCCCCUGUUCUUGAAUACCACAUUCAAGAAUCUAAGAUACCGAUCAAUCAGUCAAUCCUCCUGCUACAAUCUUGCUGGGCCUCUGAACUUCUAGGGUUUUCAGCAACAAUCUUUAAACCUUGUUUAACAAGAAAUGGCGAACUCAAUUCCAUUCGGAUCAAGCACGGUUCUAUCCCCCUUUCCUGAUUCCACAAGAUUUCGGACCCUAAACCCUAUUUUACGAGGAACCCAAGUUGGGAAUUUCUCCAAGAAUCAUAAACCCUUUCUUCGUGGCAGUACCCUAACUGUGGCUAGGUUCGGGCCGGGGCAGGUCCAGUUUCCUGACCCGGAGAACUUCAGAGACCUAAUUGAUAGAGCUGAAGGCCUUCUUUAUACGAUUGCUGAUGCGGUUGUUUCUGCAACUCCUGAUUCCGGUAUCACUACGACCACCGGUGCUAAACAGAGUAAUGAUUGGCUUUCUGGGAUUACCAGUUACAUGGAAACUGUUCUUAAGUUUUUGAAGGACGGCCUAUCAACACUCCAUGUUCCUUAUGCCUACGGCUUUGCGAUUAUACUCCUUACAGUUCUUGUGAAGGCUGCAACAUUUCCUUUGUCAAAAAAGCAGGUGGAAUCUGCGAUGGCAAUGCGAUCUUUGCAACCUCAAAUAAAGGUUAUUCAGGAACGGUAUGCCGAUGAUCAGGAGCGGCUUCAGCUUGAAACUGCUAGAUUGUACAAAUUGGCGGGAAUAAAUCCUUUGGCAGGAUGCUUGCCGACCCUAGCGACAAUACCCGUCUGGAUUGGGCUUUAUAGAGCCCUCUCAAAUGUUGCCGAUGAGGGACUUUUGGCUGAAGGGUUCUUCUGGAUACCAUCUCUUGCUGGUCCAACAACAAUUGCUGCUCGACAAAGCGGCAGUGGCAUAUCUUGGCUCUUCCCUUUCAUUGAUGGUCAACCACCACUUGGAUGGUCAGAUACAGUAGCAUAUCUCGUGUUGCCCGUGCUCCUCGUGGUUUCUCAGUACAUAUCUGUUCAAAUCAUGCAGUCAGCACAGAGCAAUGAUCCCAAUAUGAAGAGUUCUCAAGUCAUAACCAGAUUCCUGCCAUUGAUGAUUGGUUAUUUUGCACUUUCAGUGCCUUCUGGGUUAAGUCUUUACUGGCUCACAAACAAUAUAUUAAGUUCGGCACAACAGAUAUGGCUUCAAAAGAUGGGGGGUGCAAAUAAUCCAGCAAGAAAACUUAACUUCGAAAAUCUCAAGGAAGAUCAAUCGAAAGUUCAGGAGCCGUUAUUGUUUCAAACUACAUCAGUUAAAGAAGCACCAAAAACAGAGAAGCCUGAUGCACAAGGGUAUAGGCCUGGUGAGAGAUUUAAACAGUUAAAGGAACAAGAAGCUAGGCGGAAACAGCAACAAGAGGCCGAAAAAGCUAAAGAGAUUUCGUUAACAGGAGAGGUGAAAGUGGAGAAUGACUCCAUGAAGUCUGUUAAUGGAGAUCCAUCGUCUUCUUCAGUUUCCAAUCAAUCUUCGAUUCUGAGGAUGGAUGAUGGUGAAGGUUCUGUUCAGUAUAACAGCGACAGCAGGAGGGAUCAACAGCAUAUUGAUGAAAAUCUUGAAAAGGAAAAGGCGACCACUCGUACAGCAGACACAGAAGAAGAACAUCAAGACGAAAGAUCAUGAAGAAGCAGCAAUCGAGAUAGCAGAUGCAAACUGUUGUACCACCACAUCCAUAUACGGUAAUAGGAGUACGAAGAGGAUCAUGGUUUAGGUGGCGAAAACGAAGCCAUAUAUGCAUAUCAUUCGAGCAUACAAAAGGUAAAAGUAUAUAUAAUGACAUGACGAUGAGCUUCUUGAGAUGUUCAGAGAUGAAGUAUUCCUUCUUUCAACUAUAGUUAUUAGGUUACGAGGACUUAGUACACCGACAGGCAUUCUUUUGUACCAUCAUAAUUGUUGUGUGUUCUUCUUUGCUUUAAUCUACUUCCAUAACAAGCUUUUUUGCAAAAUGCAAAGAAAUACAAAGACUUGUCCUAAA